GGCGACCGCCUGGGCGCGACCUCGGGCGAGAGCAGCCCCGAGGUGGGGCGCGGCCCGGAGCCCCGGCGGCUGGUGGCGCAGAGGCCGGGAGCCGUGGACAGGGUGCCGUCUGGGGGAGCGUCGCCCAUGGUCGGCCGCCGCUCGUCCGCGAGCCGGGGCAGCGCGAGCAGGGGGCUCUCAGAGAGGUGGCAGCUCCGGCAGAGCUCGUUCUCGAGCAUGGUGUCGGCCACGCGGUCCGCGUUCGGGGGCAGCCACGAGUCCAGGGAGCCGACGACCUCGGAGUCGGGGGCGACGGGCGCCAUGGACAUGAUCGCGCACGACACGGUCCGCUCCUGGGACCUCAAGGCGUUCUGGCGAACGGCGUCUCCGAGCAUCGACGGCAUGAGGAUGGGGUCGCUGAUCGACCUGCCGUGGCCCGUGCGGAGGUGGUGCGCCGGACUCGGCGGCGGCCCCUCGCCAUGUCGGUGGCGGGUGAAGCAGCUGGUGAGCAGCACCCGCUACGAGGAGGUUACCAUUUGUGCGUCAUGCUGUUCAUCAUAG